AUGUCGCAGUUGCAGCAUGGCCUCCACGAGCUGCUGCUGCUGCUGCAGGCGAGGUCGCCGUCUCCACAGGCAGCCCUAGUGGUCUCUCUGCUGCUCGUCUGUCCACUUCUCGUACUCCUCGUGGCACGUCGCUUCGGGACGCCGUCGACGGCCACCGUCACCGCGAGAGCCAGAGAAGAUCAGCUGAGCAAGCUGCCUUCUCCUCCCAGCAGGCUCCCCAUCAUCGGCCACCUGCACCUCGUCGGCCCCCUCCCGCACGUCUCGCUCCGAGACCUCGCCGCCGAGCACGGACGCGAUGGACUCAUGCUCCUCCGCCUUGGUGCCGUCCCAACGCUCAUCGUGUCCUCGCCGAGCGCCGCGCAGGCCGUGCUGCGCACCCACGAUCAGGUGUUCGCGUCCCGGGCCUACUCCCCCGUCACCGACAUCCUCUUCUACGGCUCCACGGACGUCGCUUUCUGCCCCUACGGCGAGCACUGGCGGCAGGUCAAGAAGAUCGCCACCACGCACCUCCUCACCAACAAGAAGGUCCGGUUGGUGGUGGCCAAGAUCCGGGAGGCGGCCACCACUGGCAUCGCCAUGGACAUGAGUGACCUCCUCAACGCAUUCGCCAACGACAUCGUCUGCCAUGCUGUGGCCGGUAAGUCUUUCAGAAAACAAGGCCACAACAAGCUCUUCCGGGAGCUCGUCGAGGCCAACUCGUCGCUCAUCGGCGGUUUCAACCUGGAAGACUACUUCCCAGUGUUGGUGAAGCUGGACUUCAUCAAGAGGAUGGUGUGCGCCAAGGCCCGGAAGGUGAAUAAGAUGUGGGACAAACUUCUCAAUAGCCUCAUCGAUGAGCAUGCAAGAAGGCCCGCGUCAGAACAAGGCGGCGAGGAAAGUGACUUCAUCGACGUGUUGCUUUCCAUUCAACAAGAGUACAAUCUUACUAGAGACCAUAUUAAGGCUCAGUUGGAGUUCACGGUGACGAUGGCCAACAGUAGUUCACCGGGCUGCGUUCUCCUGGCGGCGACAAUGGCGCUGGGCGUAGUCCUUCUGGCGUCGCCGGCGGAGUCCGCGCGCGCCUUCUUCGUGUUCGGCGACUCCCUGGUGCACAACGGCGACAACAACUAUCUGAUGAGCAUGGCGCGCGCCGACUCGCCGCCGUACGGGAUUGACUACCCCAUGCACCAGCCCACCGGCCGCCGCUUCUCCAACGGCCUCAACAUACCGGACAUCAUCAGUGAGCAUCUCGGCGCGGAGCCCACGCUGCCCUACUUAUCCCCGGAGCUCCACGGCGAGAAGCUGCUCGUGGGCGCCAACUUCGCGUCGGCGGGCGUCGGCAUCCUCAACGACACGGGCAUUCAAUUUAUGGAGAUGGUGAGGAUGAGCAGGCAGCUGCAGUACUUCCAUGAGUACCAGGGCAAGCUGCGCGCGGUGGUGGGCGCGUCCCAGGCGACGCAGAUCGUGAACAGGGCGCUGGUGCUCAUCACGCUCGGCGGCAACGACUUUGUCAACAACUACUUCUUCAUGCCCUUCUCCCUCCGCUCCCUCCAGUUCUCCCUUCCCAACUAUGUCCGCUACCUCAUCUCUGAGUACAAGAAAAUCCUCGUGAGGCUGUAUGAUAUGGGCGCGCGACGUGUGCUGGUGACGGGGACAGGCCCGCUAGGUUGCACGCCGGCGCAGCUCGCCCGGAGCCGUGGCGGGAAGUGCGACGCCGACCCGAUGCGCGCUGCGGAGCUGUUCAACCCGCAGCUGACCCGGGUCCUGGAGGAGCUCAACGCGCGCUACGGCGAUGGAACGUUCAUCGCCGCCAACACCUUCCGCAUCCACUUCGACUUCAUCACCGACCCGAGGCGUGCUGUGGGCAGGGGCCGCACAACGGGAUCGGGUUGUGCACCGCGCUGUCCAGCGUCUGCACCGAGCGGGACCAGUACGUGUUCUGGGACGCCAACCACCCAACUGAGCGCGCCAACCGGAUCAUCGUCGGCCAGUUCAUGA